AUGCACCGAUGAGUGCCCCAGAGUAAAAGGGGUCACAUCCACCGAGAGUAGGACGCCCUCAGCAAACAGAAACGUGCUUCCCUGUUCUCUUUUGAAGCCUUGAGCGUGAUUCGAGCCCAAGAAAGACUUUCGACACCGACGUCCAACCAGGCAGGGCCCUAAGCCUCAAAUUGAAGGCGAUGCACACUGACCGCGCUCCGCUUCUGGACGAAGUCGAGCCGUUCGACGGCGAGGGAACUGAAGCGGGCCUCCAACAGCCUUCGUCCCCUGCCCCACAACAGGCGGCUCCGAUGGCCAGUGUAAGUGUAGACGCUGCAGCCGUCCAGAUCGGAGAUGGCGCGGCUGAUUCCGGAUCCACGCACGACAGUCAAGGGGGCGGAAGGGUCGCAGAGAACGCUUUUCGGGAUGCUCCGAGUCCCUCUUCUCAAUCAGUGGCUGCUCUCAUGGAAGCAGAAGGUGAUCGAGCAUCUCCGAGGGGCCGUCCACUAGACUGGCGUAGGCGAAUCUCGCACAUCUUCUCCCUCUCGCGGUACUCGCCGACGCACCUGCUCAUCACGCUGCUCAACCUGACCGUGAUGUUCCUGCUGCUGCUCUUCUGGCGCCAGAAGAUUGCCCAGCACAAGUCGAAGAUACCUUGAGUUACUGGAUUCGACUUCUAUUUAAUCGCGUUAUACGUUGUCAGUUGCUGGAUGGCCCGCAUAAAGAGACAUUCGAAUCCGUCCUACUCGCUUCCUGCUAAAAGCUCUGAACGUUGCUUGUUCAAGGCUCCGUCCUCAGAACUUCAAAUAUUCUGCGCAUCACCGCGUUGGUCACAUCAUUGUCUUCGAACUGCAACUCGUCGCUGCUGUGAAGGCAAACCUGCGAAGAAUAGCGAGCUCACUCAGGAGCUCCAGUGGGGCUAGUCUCCUGCCCCCUUGACCCCAGCAAGGACAUGUAAUAAAG